CAACUCGCAGAUAACGGACUACUCUUGGCGAUACCAGAUCGUGACUUGUACGGAUAUUUUGUCUUCAUUCGGUUGGAUAAAAACCGAUUCAGAUGUGACUAAACGAUUUCGGAAUAUGACUAUGUUCAAACAUUUGAUUCUUUACGGACUUCUGGCCGCUUUUGCGGUGCAGAUUUUGGCCGAGGACAGAGAUGAUUUGUCCUCGAGCGGGACGGACAUUGAGCCGCCCAGUGUGAGUGUGACUGUGGAGACAAGGGACCCAGCUCCCGUAGGCAAUAAGAAACAAACUAUUGAAGUUAUUGAUGAGACAGAUGAGGAUGAGGACAUAGACAAUGGGAAGAUAGAGAGCCCAACGCCAGACCCAAGGAAGGUCACAAAAGGGGUAUCAGACCCGCCCAAUAAAAUCACAGGUUCAAACGGCAAGGUCGAGCGGGAGAGGGUAAGGAAUCAAUAUGAACCUAUUGCUAUUGAUUACACCAAAUAUAAACCGAAAAAGAAGAAUCUGAGAGAAAAACGUCUGCUGCGUCUACUGGCCGACGACUAUGAUCCACAAUGGAUGUCGUUUGAGAGACCGAAGGCAAUGCGGAGCAAACAGGCGACGGGGAUCGCUUACAAGACGGACGCAGACCUGAUGGUAUCUUUGGACAAGCUGAAUUUCACCUUCCAGGACCCCAGUGGUAUGUCCUUCAUGCCCCCUCCAGCUCUGUUGAAUGUCUUCAAAGACUGGCUGAUCAGGAAGGCUGCAUGUCCUGUUCAGUUCACUUGGCACGAUAUUGGUGACUUUUAUUGGCCGCGGUGGGUUAAGCGCGGGGAGUGUACGAACGAUAGCCCGUGCUCCUGGCCCCCCGGUAUGAGGUGCGUCCCCGUCCGCAGUCACACUGUUUAUAUCCUGAGAUGGCAUUGCAGACGAUCCCGCGGAACAAGCGGGUCUGGCAGGGGACGCAAAGCCAAGACACGGUCGGGUUUGAGGCGCGGCCGACGAUUCAACCAAAUGAUGUAUCUGAACGGCUACGAACAGCUUCCCAAAGAACUGAGGAGCUCCGUGUACGCCCAUGAACGUGCUGCGAAAAGGGAACGAGCCGAAAUACCGAAAGUUAAAUGUAAAUGGCUUAAAAUUCCCUAUCCAGUCAUUGCAAACUGCUUCUGCACUUGCCCUUGAGGUGUUUUUACAGCGAGAAUAGGAACAUCUUUUCCUGUGGAGGAUAUUCUUUGUCUCAAUCUUGGAGUUUUCCGGGAGCUUUCUGUAGUGACCAGUGUCCGCACGCGGUUGUCAUGACAAUGGGAUUUCGUUUUUCGCUCCCUAUUUGCUUCCACAUUGUUUCAUCGUUACGGAAACUCCGCGUUUCGGUUUUCGGUAGAAAUGGAUUAUUCUGUUUAUUUGCACGAAACCUUGUGAAAACUGGAUAGGCGUUCAACGACGAGUUUAAACGCGGUUGUGAUUUAAAGGGACGCCAAUUCAGAAACAUUCGGUGAAUUCGCCCUCAGGCGGACCUUGUGGAUUACAAUGGAAGCGGUAAGGGACGGUCUGUCCCUAACUUUAUUAGGCGUGAAGUCAUGUGGAUUACAUUUUCUGUCAACAAUACGCUUGGAAAGUACUUCACAAGAUAAUGGUUCUCGGACUUUUGCUCUCAAAGCCAGUGCUUGUGGGCUCAGCCGAAAACAGUGGAUUAAGAAACGGGAACAAAGUGUUUUAAGUGACCUUAUAAUUGUGUCCCGUGUGAUGCACAUAGAAAGACAAGCAGAUAAAGUGAAUUAAGUUCUUAAUAGUCGUUUAACUAUCGCGUUAUAUACGAUAACAACGCCUAUACUUCGCACAUGUAGGUAUGAGAUAAGGCAUACAUUUCGACAAGGAUAAGUCACGUGGCUUUAUACAAGAAACUUGGGCACGAACUGGGAGAGAUCGCAUUGGGGUUAUGUCACACAAUCUUUUCUUGAAAAAAAUAUAUAAAACCGUAAUUGGAGGCUCACGGGUCAAUUGAUGAGGCCCAAAAUGAAAAAUAACAUCAAAAACUGCAGUCGGCUGAUAAAUUUACAUGUUUUUCCCUCGUCAAUUUCGUAUCUAAUUUACAUGUACUAUUCUUUCGCUAACAUCCAAAACAGGUUCAAAUGUGUUUAGGUCUUGUUUUGCUAGUACAGCAUUGUAAAUACGUAUAGCUUUGAUGUCAUUUGAUGUCAUUUGAUGUGCUAAAGUAACCAAGCAUGUACAUUGUAUAAAAUAUUCAUAAGUGUCGACGAGAGCAACUUCUUCAUAAAGCGGUAUCGUGAAAGGGAAAACGACUUGCGCGUUUGAGAAGGAAACGUCUGUCAAUUUUCAAAGUUCGAAAUUUGUACAAUCAAAGUUGUCACGCGAGUCGGUUCGUCCAGUCAUCAACUUUCCCACUUUCCACGCCAACGUCUUCUCCUUGUGCUGCAAUCAGCCAUGACCAAAUAUUGCACUGUGCCCGCUCCAAAUUUAAGUUGAGAUAGCGUUUCAAUUCAAAUCUCGGCGUGAUAAAGUCAUCUAAUAGUUCUGAAUGAAACAUUUGGUCUCAAGUUUCUCCAUAUCUUAAUAACCAUGACCUCCGCAAUGACCCCAGACUUGAGUCAACAUAGACAUGAUUUAAGGGUCACUGUUGGUAUGUAAGAACUAUUAUCAUGAAAAUACAAAGUCAUGAUGAGAGUGUACACGUUGCCUAUGUCAUUAAAUGGUUAAAAUCUUAUAAUAUCAUUUCAUGGUUAUCUCAUCUUACAGAACGGAGACAUCAAACCUGAGAUAAUGAUAUAUCUCGCCUGAUUUUAUGAAAAGCUCCUCCUUUAGAGAAACUUUUGUUCACCAUCUUCUGAAAAAGAUUGUCGUGGUGGAUGUUGACUCCCUUGUGCCUUUCUGGGUUAGAUAUGUAGAGUUUUGGGGAAGGAAAGCAUCAUCAGCGACAUUCGCCUUCACUGCGGGCGCCGCAGAGUGGGCUGGCCUCGUCCUGUCGCCCGGUCGAGCCAAAGACGAUCAGGAUGACGGACUGCGCCCUGAAAAUGAUGUCUUGGUGCUUUGGUACGAAUGUCUUUAACAGACUUCCGAGGCAUUUCUAUCGUCAUCCGACUCAUUCAGCACUGCAUCCGGUGUGUACAGGCCUUUACCACAAUUUACCGCUGUCUUACGAUGGUAGUGCUUUCCUUCUUUGAGUCUAUGAAUUCAGGGAGUAUAUAAUUCUGUAAGAUAUUGUGUAAAUACGUUCGCUCGAGAUAUCAAUGUAGUUUAAUGUGAUUUAAUUAUAAAUUUAUUCACGA